CUUGUGUAAAAAUAUUCAAACCCUUCUCCAUUUCCAUUCAAGCAAACAACGAAAAGAUGUUUCUGGCUAUCCCUGCAACACUCCUUGUGAUAUUCAUUUUGAUUGUAUCCUAUGUGUUGGUGCAUCGAAAGCAGCUUGAAGAUGAUACGAAACAUCCACCAGGUCCUAAGGCCCUACCAGUCAUUGGUAGCCUUCACUUGCUAGGGAAACUCCCACAUCGAGCCCUUCAAGACCUAGCCAAAAAAUAUGGACCCAUAAUGUCCAUCAAGUUAGGGCAAGUCCCAACCAUUGUGGUUUCCUCACCCGAAGCCGCUGAGUUAUUCCUUAAGACUCACGACACUGUCUUUGCUAGCAGGCCCAAAACUCAAGCAUCGGAAUACAUGUCUUAUGGCACUAAGGGCAUAGCUUUCACUGAGUAUGGUCCUUAUUGGCGCAACGUGAGAAAGUUGUGCACCACUCAACUUCUAACUGCAUCAAAAGUUGAGAUGUUUGCUCCACAGAGGAGGGAAGAGUUAGGGCUGUUGGUGAAGUCACUUGAAAAAGCAGCAGCCAAAGGUGAUUUGGUGAAUGUCAGCGAGAAGGUUGAGGAGCUUAUAGCAAAUGUUGCCAGUAAAAUGAUACUUGGUCACAGUAAGGACCAUAGAUUCGACGUGCCGGGGCUUGUUAAUGGGUAUCUGCAUUUGCUUGGAUUGUUCAAUGUUGCAGAUUAUGUACCUUGGGUCGGCAUCUUUGAUCUCCAGGGACUAAAAGAAAAAUUCAAGAAAACAAGUAAGGCAUUUGAUCAAGUGUUCGAUGAAAUCAUCGAGGAGCAUGAAGACCCUUCUUAUAAAGACAAGAGAAAUGUGCACUCUAAGUACUUUGUGGACAUAUUGUUGUCACUUAUGCACCAACCCAUGGAUCAUCAUGAACAAAAGCAUUUCAUUGAUAGAACUAACAUCAAGGCUAUUUUAAUGGAUAUGUUUGCUGCAUCAUUUGACACUUCUGCUGUUGCGAUUGAGUGGGCUAUGUCAGAACUCCUAAGGCACCCAAGGGUGAUGAAGAAACUUCAAGAUGAGUUAACAAAUGUAGUGGGAAUAAAUAGGGUGGUGGAGGAGUCUGACUUAACAAAGUUGUCAUAUUUGAACAUGGUAGUGAAAGAGACCUUACGGUUGUAUCCGGUUGGACCCUUGCUAAUUCCUCGUGAGUCCUUAGAAGAUAUCACAAUUAACGGAUAUUUCAUAAAGAAAAAGUCAAGAAUUUUAAUCAAUGCAUGGACAAUUGGACGAGAUCCUAAGGUUUGGUCAGAUAAUGCUGAGAUAUUUUAUCCAGAGAGAUUUGUGAACAACGAUAUAGAUAUUAGAGGACAUGACUUUCAACUUAUACCAUUUGGUUCUGGCCGCAGAGGAUGUCCUGGGAUACAAUUGGGUCUAAUUACUUUUAGUCUUGUUCUGGCUCAAUUAGUGCAUUGCUUCAAUUGGGAGCUUCCAUCUGGUAUCUCUCCUAAUGACUUAGAUAUGACUGAAAAAUUUGGUCUUUCCUUACCAAGAAGUAAUCACUUGUUAGCAGUACCAUCUUAUCGCCUAUUGAAUCCACCAGGUCCUAAGGCCCUCCCAAUUAUUGGUAACCUUCACAUGUUAGGAAAACUCCCACAUCGCAGCCUUCAGACACUUGCCAAAAAAUAUGGACCCAUAAUGUCCAUCAAGUUAGGACAAGUCUCAACCAUUGUGGUUUCCUCCCCAGAAGCUGCUGAGCUAUUUCUCAAGACUCACGACACUGUUUUUGCUAGUAGGCCCAAAACUCAAGCAUCGGAAUACAUGUCUUAUGGCAGUAAGGGCAUGGUGUUUUCUGAGUAUGGUCCUUAUUGGCGCAAUGUCAAAAAGUUGUGCACCACACAACUUCUAAGUGCAUCAAAAGUGGAGAUGUUUGCUCCAUUGAGGAGGGAGGAGUUAGGACUAUUUGUAAAGUCACUUGAAAAAGCAGCAGCCUCACGUGAUGUUGUGAAUGUCAGCGAGCAAGUUGGGGAACUGAUAUCAAAUAUUGUCUACAAAAUGAUACUUGGCAGCAAUAACGACGAUAGAUUCGACCUAAAGGGGCUUACUCAGGAGGUUUUGCACUUGUGUGGUGUGUUCAAUAUGGCAGAUUAUAUACCUUGGGCUGACUUCUUUGAUCUUCAGGGCCUAAAAGGAAAAUUCAUGAAAACAAUAAAGGCAUUUGAUCAAGUGUUCGAGCAAAUCAUCAAAGACCAUGAGUAUCCUUUUGGCAGCAACAAAAAAAGUGUAUACUCCGAGGACUUUGUAGACAUACUACUAUCAUUUAUGCACCAACCCAUGAAUAAACAUGAACAGAAGCAUGUUAUCGAUAGAACAAAUAUCAAGGCUAUUAUUUUAGAUAUGAUAGCAGGAGCAUUUGACACAUCUGCUGUUGUAAUUGAGUGGGCUAUGUCAGAACUUGUAAGGCACCCAAGGGUUAUGAAGAGACUUCAAGAAGAGUUAAAUAACGUAGUGGGGACAAAUAAGCAAGUGGAAGAGUCUGACUUGACAAAGUUGCCUUAUUUGAAUAUGGUGGUGAAAGAGACCUUAAGAUUGUAUCCUGUUGGACCCUUAUUGGUGCCUCGUGAGUCCCUACAAGAUAUUACAAUUAAUGGAUAUUACAUAAAGAAGAAGUCAAGAAUUUUAAUCAAUGCAUGGGCAAUAGGACGAGACUCAAAAGUAUGGUCAGAUAAUGCUGAGAUAUUUUAUCCAGAGAGAUUUGUGAAUAAGAAUAUAGACAUUAGAGGACAUGACUUUCAACUUAUACCAUUUGGUUCUGGUCGCAGAGGAUGUCCUGGGAUACAAUUAGGUCUGACAACUGUUGGUCUUGUUCUGGCUCAAUUAGUGCAUUGCUUUAAUUGGGAGCUUCCAUUCGGCAUGUCUCCUAAUGACUUGGACAUGACUGAGAAAUUUGGUCUUUCCCUUCCAAGAAACACACACUUGCUAGCUAUACCAACUUAUCGCUUAUUUAACAAAGAUUAGCGAAAGUUAUGAAACUACAAUAAGAGUGAAAUGUUGUUUUAGUGAAGUUUUAAUUAUCUCCCUUUUUCAAAUUAAUAUGGUUCAAUGAUGUGUACAUUCAACUUCUAUGUUGUACAAAUUAGAUUAGACGUAAGACAUUAGGAGAUGAUCUUGAUGGUUUUUUAAGUCAUUGUUUGUUUUUUAUUCAUAGAUCAGUUUGAUGUUUACGUGAGUAAUAUUAGCACAAAAAAUAUAUUUUUUAAUUCAUAGAAAACAUUACAAAAACAUUGAUAAAUCAAUGGUUGAUGAUCAACCCUUAUCUUUA